ACUCAGGUUAUUUUUGUUUUGUAAACUAGUAUAUUGUUUUUUGUUUAUUGAAUAUUUUUUGUUUUUUGAAUAUUUUUUCUUUAUGUUAUUAAUGUUUUUAUUGUUUAAUGCGUUUUUUUUUUUUUGUAGGUUUUUAAUGAUGAUGCUCCUUCAUUUGAUAUUAUGAGUUUUAUUUCUAGUAAACCUGAUUGGUUUACUGAAGAAAAAAAGAAUACUGAUAAAUUGAAUGAUGAAGAACAGGUUGUUGAUGAUCAUGGCCUAUUUAACGAUGUUGUUAAAAAAUCUAAGGAGGAUGAAGAUGAUGGUUGAGAUGACCAGGCAAGUUUAUUUAUUUUUUAGGUUUUUCAUUAUUUAGAUGAUUUGUUACUAUGUUAUUUUUUGUCUCUGUCAAAUGUUUUUUAUGUUUGUUUUGUAUAUUUACAGGGUUUGGGGGGUGGUGAUGCUGUUAAAGCUAUUGGUUCAGAUGGGACAAAUAAAGACAAUGUUGAGGGAAAGAAUACUGAAGAAGCAAAAGAUGUUGCAGAUGGGAGUAAUAAAGAUAAUGUUGAGGGCAGAGCAGUUGAUGUAGAUGCAAGUGUAAAUGAUGUUGAAGGUGUUUCUAGUCAGGGAAAGUUGUUUGAUAGUCAAGGCACUGAGGAUAGUAUCACUGUGUCUGCUUUGGAGAUUAUAAAUGAAAAGAUUGAUGCCUAUGAGGGAAGCAUUAAAAAGGAUAAGUCUUUAAAUAAAUUAGAGGCAACAAAUGCUGAUGUUUUAUCUACCUAUGGGUUGGACAAGACUGAUGUUGUUGGUGUUGAGAAGAAGCAUGGUUCUCAAGAAAGCUUUUCUGUAUCUACCAUGGAGGUUGUUAAUGAUCAUUUGGUUUCCUAUGAAGACAGUUUGAAAAAGGGAAAGUCUAUAAAAUUGGAGGAAGAAACUCCUACAGUUGGAAAUAGAGAGAGGAAACCUAGUUCUGUGUACAACAGUCCGUAUACCACAGAAUUUGGUUCAGGUAGUAUUGGUAAACCAAAAGGUGGACGUCCUGGAUCAUGUGCUUUUGGAUUUGGCUUUUUCAAUGUGAUUGAUGAUGUGCAAGCUAAAUCUUUUGAUCAGUGGUUUAAGAUUGGGUUUAAUGAUAAAAACAAAGUGAAGAAGUUUAAAGAAUGUCAUAGGAAGCUUAAGGUUCCAUUGGAUUUUGUGGUUUGUCAAAUUGAUGAUAAGAUGUGGUUCUAUGAUUUGCUUACUGUUGGGAAGAACUUGUCAUGCUCGCAUAUUGAUGUUUGUUUCUACUAUUUGAGAAAGAAGUUAAAGUAUGACCAGUCUGUGAAAAUUUCUGGUAAUACUACUGAUUGCUUCUUUGCUUCUCAAAUUUUUGAUUUAUAUAAUGAGUUUGUUGCAAGUGGUGAAAAUGUUGAUUUGAUUAAGAAGGAUUCUAAGGCACCUGCAUACAUAGCGGGUUUUUAUAUGUUAUGCAAUAAACCCUGGGCUGAGCUUGAUUUCGUACUAAUGCCUGUUAACGUGAUUGUUCUUGCUCAUUGGAUAUUGUGUAUUCUUGACAUUAAGAUGAGAUGCUUAAAAGUGUUAAAUUCUAUGAGGUUUGGGAGGUACAAGAACAACUCAGAGAGUUUUGUUCGUGCAUUUGCUGUAAUAAUUCCUAUCUUACUGUCACAUGUUAAUUUCUAUGAGGGGAGAAAAGAUAUUGACAGGAGUAGUAAGCACUGGCAAGGUAAAAAAGAUACUGAUGCGUUUGAUAUUGUCGUGGUUGAUAAUUUGCCACAACAAGAGGAUAGGUAACUAUCUUUGUUUUUUUCUAUAUUUAUGAUUCUAUGUUAUUGUUUAUUUUUUGUUAUCUGACAAUUGCUAUGGGUUUAUUUUUGUGAUGUAGUGAUUGUGGUGUUUUUAUCAUAAAGUAUGCUCAUUUCUUUAUGCAGGGAUUGAUUGAUAAGAUUCCUAAGAAGUUGGACAUUGCAUUCACUCGUAAGAAGUUGUGUGUUGAUCUGUUUGUUCAUGCAAAGAAGAAGGAGUUGGGUGGGUACGAGUCUACUUCGGAGCAUCCAGGAAGGAUGCCAUAGAUUUCUGUAAUAGAACAACAUGUUGGAAACCUAGUUUACAUUUUUUUGAACUUUAUGUGUAUUUUUAUGUCAUGUUGUUUUGUUUUUAGGUUUAUGUUUGUGUUUGUUUAAGAAACUGUUUGGAACAGUAAUAUUUUAGGAGACUCUUGCCUAUUUUAAUUUUGAAGUAACCUUUUGGUUUACUGGCACA